CUGCWAUCUCUUCAAACCACGCAGCAGAAGAAACAACAUGGGGAGAAAUCGGAAGAAACGGUCAAGGCCGUCGUCUUCUACUAACGCAGGACCAUGGAAAUCUGUUUCAGUAAAUAUCUCCUCUCAAGGCGAUGCUGACGGUGAUGGCGAUCACCAGAACAUGGAUGGAACCCAACCAGAGAUGACGAAACAAUACAGUUCUAAUCAUUACGACGAUCCAAAGCUARUUAAGAAGGCUGAGCUGGAUCUAGAAAUGAARCCUGGAGAAGAUUGUGGCAUGUUUUACGGUCUCGAAGUAUUGGAUGCRAGUGAGUAUCGAGUGGAAGAAAGUGGAUCCUCGAAACGACUUAUUAUUGGGGAAUCUAAUGACGCAACUMCAAAAACRAAAGAAACGAAGCAGAGUGCUCCAGCAGUAGAUAMUUCAAAGAACAAAUUAUCYGAUAGCAACGAAUCGGAACAACCGAAGAAAAAGAAGAGGAAGAAAAAGAAAAAAGACAAGGCAGCAGGUGUUGGAGAUGACACAGCCACUAAAGAAACGUCUGCAACAUCGCMAUUGGAACAAGAAUCGGUCACACCGGAACAGUUGUACCAAAUCCAAGCGUCCUGGAGUCAGUCAACAGGAGGUGCCCAUUUGCACGAUAGGUUGUUGAAAUCUAUGCACCGACUAGGAUUUGAUUCUCCUACUCCGAUUCAAGCCGCCACGCUCUCUGCAUCAACAAUGGGUCGGAGAAACUUAGUCGGUGCUGCUCCAACGGGCUCUGGUAAAACUCUUGCAUUUCUCUUACCUAUUUUAGACAGCAUGCUAAAAAGUAGGGACAAGGAUGGAGAAGAAAAUUCUAGCGAUGGGCAUACCACGCAGAAGAAUCUACAAGCCUUGAUCAUCACUCCGACUCGUGGUAAGUACGACAAAUUGAAACGGGAUUAUAUCGACAAUGACGACUAUCAGGUAAUACUCUUAUAGAGUUUCCGACAAUUCAGGGGUAGAAUCCUGGUAUCUGUUGACACACCCCCUUGGCUGUCCGAGUUGAUUUUCUUUCUUGACCGAGACUACAAUGYGACAUAGUCUCAUGUGCCUAUUCGAUCAUUGAUUUACCAUGCUUUGACUUACUUCCAUCUCUAUUUUUCUUAAUUGUUUCUUAUAGAAUUGGCUACGCAGAUACACGCGGAAUGUGAAAAAUUAGUUCCUAGUCAGUGCGUAACACUGGUUGGCGGAAUUGCUCUGGUUAAGCAGAAGCGAUUGUUGGCAACCAAACGACCACCAAUCGUUGUUGCAACUCCUGGACGAUUAUGGGCAAUGGUAAGUUUACAUASUUCACAUUUCCCUACCAGGUGGUCUGGGAAGAACAACAUGCUAAUUCGGAGCACCAUACAWUGUUUGCGGUGACAGAAACCUUUUAUAUCUGAUAUUUGCACGUCAGUCAGAGACCUGCCAAUUGGUUUGUAGAGAAAUUAUUCUAUCAAWCCCAGCGAAUACUUACACUAUUGUUCUUCAUGGUGUUCUUUUUAAUGGUGUAUCAGCUGUCUAGUGGAGACAACRAACAUUUGCAAGACUUGUCACAGAUUCAAUUUCUCGUUCUAGACGAAGCCGACCGAAUGACACAAGAACAUUCGUUCCCUCAAUUAGUCAAGAUUUUAGAUUUGGUAAACGAGGCUAAUCCAAAUGAAGAGGAUGAUAGUGACGAUGAUGACUCCGACGACGAGAGCGACGAUGGAUCUAGGCUAAUGGGAUUGCCUGGUAUCCGGGGGGAAGCAAAAUUGACUAUGUUGACGGAUGAUAUUUUGAAUCAAGUGCAGGCUCAAAAGUCAUCGACAAAAGCAGAGCCCAUUGAUGYACCUGAUGAGGAUUAUGAUGAUGAACUAGACGACAUCGAAGACGACAUUGCAGAAGACGUGUUUGCAAACCCAGAAUCUAGGGUUCAUAGACAAACUUUCAUCUACUCUGCAACGUUGACGUUGCCMUUUACAUCCACUAAUAYAACCGCAAAUUCCAAAGGCGGAAAGAAGAGGAAGAAACUCGGGAUCGAUGGUGGCAUUGCGGAUAUUCUUGAAAAGACGAAUGCAAUGGGAGAGACCAAAGUGGUGGACUUGUCUUCGUCCUCCCCGUCUUCAAGCUCUCUAGCAAAUCACAAAAAUAAUACCGGUGUCCGACUUCCACCAGGUUUGUCACUUGCACAAAUCAAGUGUACACAGAGACACAAAGAUUCUCACCUUUAUGCCUACUUGAUGACCACCGUCCAGGGAUCCUCUGGUCCGUGUCUUGUCUUUUGCAAUUCAAUUGCGGCGGUUCGACGCGUGGGAGCUACCUUUCAAACACUUGGAUUUAAUGUCCGAAUUCUACACGCACACAUGCAACAGGUGAGUARUCGAAACAACAYUUCACUGUUGUCCAUAACAUAAUUUUGUGAGGCAUUGCAAUGACGAAAAUACCUUUUAUUUUCCUGAAUGUUAAAACUACGUUAUCAUUCUCGUUGUUCGUCAAAAUGACAACAAUGAGAGUGCCCAUGUGGGUUUUAUGUGAACAAUCUCCGAGCAUUAAUGACACUGCAUUAAAUUAUUUUGUCUUGCGACCUCGAACAGCAGUAACUUCCAACCAAAAACACAUUGCUCACUCUUUCUGUUUCGCCGUACAUUGCUCACUCUUUCUGUUUCGCCGUACCACAACGAAUCACUAAUGUUCGCACAGAGAGCUCGUUUCAAAGCCGUAGAAUCUCUCAAGAAGUCCGGUGAACGGGUCCUUGUUGUUUGCACGGACGUUGCAGCCAGAGGUCUCGACAUUCCCUCUGUUGCAACAGUGGUACACUACGACGURGCCCGCGCCGUGGACACGUUUGUGCAUCGAUCGGGGCGAACAGCGGUGAGUUKCKUUCCAUUUGYGUAUUCGAAUUUUGUGGUGAAAAACUUGUGCCAACAAGAGCAAUGAAAUACCGACAAUGACGACCAUAUCAACUUUCGGACUAGAGUCUCUGACAAUCUAGGGUAGUAGCUAGGAUCUGAGGAUAUCAAUAUGAUGAAGGUACCGGAGUCAAUAUUUCAUUCUCUUGCUGAUUGGAAUKUAGUGGGCAUUYUCUUGUUUAUCGCUUCAAUGUGUCUAAUUGUUUUGUCCUCUUUGGUGUUCGCUCGUCAUGAUUAUUAAUUUGGAUUCUGCAGCGCGGUAUGGGCGAAGGAGCUGUUGGUUCGAGUUUGUCGCUGAUUGCUCCGGCCGAAGACAAGGCCCACAGCAAAAUCGUUGCCUCGCUGAGCGUUCCCUUCAGCAARGUCUUGUUGGAUGGUCGGUUGCUCACCUCAUCCCAAGAACGGGUCGCUCUUGCRUCCAAGAUUUAUACCGUGGGCGAGAUGGAACAGAAGACGAAUUCCCACAACAGGUGGUUCCACGAGAUGGCCAAGGAAGCCGACCUCGAACUGGACGAUGGCAUGCUGGACGAAGCGGACGAUCGCUCAGAAAAGGAGCAGAUGCAGGUCUUGGAGGCAAAGCGGGCCCGUGYGCAGCUGGCAAGGCUCCUGAAGGAACCAAUGAAGACGCAGAAAUUCGGAAAAUUCCUGAGCACCAAUUCUGCUGCCCUACAAAACCAACUCAAACAAAACACAGCAAGGAAGUGAACUUYUUGGCCRCUGUAAUGSUCGGUGCGAUGUGCAMCAGUCACAAACAAUARAUGAUAYUUGAACUUCAACCUAAAAAAUAGAAUAGAUUUAAUACAUUCAU